UUGUUGCAGCACGUGUCAGCCUCAUUCAAAGCCUCUGGAGAGUCCGGAUUAAUGUGGUUGGAUACAGCCAGCUGUAGAUUAGCGACGCCAACUUCAGGAGAGUCCACCGUCGGUUGUUGGCUAAUUUGCCACUGAGUUUGCUGUGAAUACUGGAUGCACACUGACCCCAAGGGAGCAGUGGCAGAAGGAGCUGGUCCAGCUGGAUGUGAUAAGGACUCAUGAGAGCAGGAGGCGCUAAUCAAGGAUGUAGUGGAGACCAGUUCUUUAGCGACUUCAAAACAACCCGAACCAGUGGCCGCGGAGGAUCCAGUAAAGUCAGCUCGGGGCAAACCAGUUGUAGAGCAUUCAGCAGUACUGCCCAAGGAGUCCAGAGGUGCAGAAACUGGAGUGUCGUUGUAAACAGUGGAAUCAUCUCGUCUAUCUGCAGAUUUGACCGCUUGUCUGCGUUGGAGCCGGAGCCCGCAGCUGUACCGGAUUCAGCUGAUGAGUUUGGAGAGUCCGGGCUAGCGCUGCUGUUGUUUUUUGGCGGCAGCAGAUUUCGGAGCAUAGAAUCCAGUACCAAGGGAGAUUGCAGUCAGCUGUUGGAGAGUAGUUUGUCGCAGUUCCUGUGUGUGAUGAGUCCAGUUUGGCCCCAUUUCUGUUGUCCCAGACAGCGGGCGAGCUAUAAAGGCUUCGAGAACGCUUGGAGCUGCAGCUUGGUGAUGAGUAGUGGGCGAGGGUGGAACAAUUUGGUGAUACUCUUCUCUCACACCAGGAGUGAGUAGCACAGCCACAUCAGUUGCUGCCGACGAUUCCAAGGGAUCCGGAUUAGCGCCGUCAAUGAUUUGGUCGAGGGGCAAUCUUGGAGCAGCAUCACUGUUGGUGUGUGGACAUCUAGGAGUGACCUUCGUUGAAACCUGUAAAUUUGAGUGAGAAAAAUUAGGGUUCUUCUUCCAGGUACAGUUUCAGCCUGUUCAGGCCAGCUUGAAGCUGCUGCUCUGGAGUUGGCGUGCGGACCUCGGAUGGUAGUAGCGGGCUCAUAAUAAGCCUCUGGAUGUACUCUGGCUGAAACCUGAUGAUAUGGGCCAUGUCUACACGGCUAAUCGUGCCACUCCUG